UGCCUUGAAAACUUUUGUCUUGAUGGAUUCGUUUGUUUUCGAUAACGUGAAAGCAGAUAAAGCCAAGGCCAUGAGAAGGUACAAUCGGCUUCGAAGCUUAGCGAACGCCUUUCGUUUCUUGGAAUUGCUCUUGGCUUCGCUGUUUUUGGCGUGGGCCUUCGGGCGCGUGCCUUUCCUCGUCAACAUCAACGGCGAGUUCAUUUUGAAGCUCGGAGGAGUUGUCGCCAGUCCUCUCUUCGUUUUCCUCGUCUGUAACGUCAUCAUCGUCACUCUCAUUGCUAAGUCUGGCAUUUUCUCCGCCUUUGGCAAUGCCGAUUCCAAAAUCUACGACGAAAUCACCAAAAUCGCUGAGAAUCGCUCCAAAUCGGAGUCUCAAGAAGAGAUUGUAUAUCAAGAUAAGGAGACCAUCUCUGAACCGAACACAACUACUCUCACAUGUGAAGAAAUGAAGCCGGAGUCUGAGUCGGAUUCCGAUACUGAGACGGAUAAUCCGAGAGUGUAUAGAAGGAGUAAGUCGGAGAAGUUGCCGAUUAGAAAAACUGAAGAGCAAGUGAAGAAGGAACUGCGACGAUCGGAGACAGAAAAGUGCCACAAAAUGGAAAACACGGACGAGGAAUUAUUUCCAGAAGACGAGCUGAGCAACGAAGAGUUUCAACGAACGAUCGAAGAUUUUAUCGCCAAACAUUUGAGGUUUCGGCGAGAAGAAUCUCUGUCUAUUAUUCUUCAAUGUUCAAAUCCUGAAAAAAUAAAUUUACUUUUUCAGUAA